AUGAGCGAAGACCAAGACUCAGAUUCAGCAACAACCGAGUACCAGUUUGUAUUCGGUACAGACCAGCCAGGCGCCCGCAGCCAUGCGAUGCGACAGUUCUGGAGGCGGAGGCACCAUGCCCUCCAAAGUUCCCCCCAGACAACUCGACCUCAGCUUAGGACACUACUUCCGAAGGACUAUAGCUCAGAGAGCACAGGAUAUCAGCAGGAUGCAUCACAAGGUCAGACCCCCGAUCCACCAGAGGGUGAAGGUCAACCAAGCUCCGCCAACGCGAGAAUUCCAGCUUCAAACGAGCACUGGCAGGAGUCCUCGAUCGUUCAAGGGCCGGGCCCCAGAUUCCCGAUAGAUCUGUCCGCGAAAGACCAAGAAAUCUUCUCUUCCUGGCUCGAUCUACAUGCUAGUUUUGGCCCCGGCUUGUCACAGAGUACCGGAUUUGACCCCGUACGUGAUGUCUGGUUGCCUUUGGAUCUAUCCAAUAGUGCCUCGUUUUGCGCCCUGAUGGCUCAUGCGGCAGCUCAUGUCGCCCACCGUCAAGGUCAGACAAAGUCGAUAGAAUCAGAAAAGUUCAGGACCCUGGCUGUGGGCAUCAUCGCGAAAUGGCUGGCCGAUGAAAGAAGAUCGACACAGGAUGACACGAUUACGGCUAUUGCACGCCUCCUAAUGUUCGAGCUGAGUUCACCGUCUACGAACCAGAAAUACUGGGCCAUCGAUGACCAAUGGCGUGCCCAUAAAAAUGGCCUUGUCAGCGUUAUCAAUGCAAGGGGUGGGGUAGAGAGUUUUCGGUCAAGCUGGCGUCUUCAUAUGGUUCUCUUCCUGGCGUUCUCUCUGGCAGAGCCGUCAAGAAGUUCAUCCCCAGCGCAUGUCUGGGAAAUCUCAGAAUACUUUGUCCCCGCUACCGUGCAUCCAGCAUUCGAACUUCGACUACACCAGGGUAACCCAAAGGCCUCCCAAGGGCUGAUCGCCUACCCUGAUAUCCACGAAACGAUAACAUUUCUGGCGAGUUCCUCAAACUUAUCGGCAGACGCAUCGCCGAAUGUCCAAGAUCACACACUCCUCUGCUUGUUUAUACUUGCUGUGAUAUUUCAAGAGUCACUCUACUCAUCAUCGCCAGAAUUUGGUCACUCCUUCACCGACAAGUUGCCAGUACUAAACGAAGCUCUGUCUAAGAGCAAGACUAUUUGGAAACGCUCCUCGCAGGAGCUAUAUGAGUUUCUGAUGGAGGAUCAUUUCAAUCUCCUGCUCAGCCCCUCAGCUCGCAGCUUCAUCACAAAGGUGGCCCAAAACCUGGUAUAUUUGAACGAGUCCGCACAGGCAGCUGUCGCAAAAUGCCUUCUCAAUAAACUUCUCUGGCAGAGCCAAGACGUGAAGGUUGAUUCACAUCUCCAAAGUGAUGGAACGCGUUCAAUAUAA